AUGGAGCGCGACGGCGACCAGACAGGGCACCGGCCUCGGCAUGGCCCGGCAGGGAACGGCCGCGAGCCGGAAUCGCCAGCCGCAGCUUCGCUGCUGGCACCCAUGGACCUAGGGGAGGAGCCGCUGGAGAAGGCGGAGCGCGGCCGCACAGCCAAGGACCCCAACACCUACAAAGUGCUGUCGCUGGUUCUAUCAGUAUGUGUGCUAACAACGAUUCUUGGCUGUAUAUUUGGGUUGAAACCAAGCUGUUCUAAAGAAGUAAAAAGUUGCAAAGGCCGCUGCUUUGAGAGGACGUUCAGCAACUGUCGCUGUGAUGCUGCCUGUACUGGCCUCGGGAACUGCUGUCUGGAUUACCAUGAGACCUGUGUGGCUCCAACACACACAUGGACUUGCAACAAAUUCAGGUGUGGUGAGAAGAGGCUGCCCAGAUUUCUGUGCUCUUGCUCAGACGACUGCAAGGCUCACAAUGACUGCUGCAUCAACUACAGCUUUGUGUGUGAAGAUAAGACAAGUUGGGUAGAAGAAGCAUGUGAAAACAUCGAUACGCCACAGUGUCCAGAAGAGUUUGACUCACCCCCUACUCUCUUGUUUUCUUUGGAUGGAUUCAGAGCUGAGUAUUUGCACACCUGGGGUGGACUCCUUCCUGUUAUUAGCAAGCUGAAAAACUGUGGAACAUACACGAAAAACAUGAGGCCUGUAUACCCUACAAAAACGUUUCCCAAUCAUUAUAGCAUCGUCACAGGACUUUAUCCAGAAUCCCACGGCAUAAUUGACAACAAGAUGUAUGAUCCCCAAAUGAAUGCUUCUUUCUCACUUAAAAGUAAAGAGAAAUUCAACCCUUUGUGGUACAAAGGCCAGCCGAUUUGGGUCACAGCUAAUCAUCAACGGGUCAAGUCUGGCACAUACUUCUGGCCAGGAUCAGAUGUGAAAAUUGAUGGAAUUCUACCAGACAUCUACAAAGUAUAUAAUGGGUCAGUACCAUUUGAAGAUAGAAUUUUAGCUGUUCUUCGCUGGCUACAGCUUCCUAGCUCUGAAAGACCACACUUUUACACUCUGUAUUUAGAAGAACCAGAUUCCUCAGGGCAUUCACAUGGACCUGUCAGCAGUGAGGUCAUCAAGGCCUUGCAGAAGGUUGACCGAAUGGUUGGCAUGCUGAUGGAUGGCCUGAAGUACCUGAGCUUGGAUAGGUGUUUGAACCUCAUCCUCAUUUCAGACCAUGGCAUGGAACAAGGCAGUUGUAAGAAGUAUGUGUACCUGAAUAAGUAUUUGGGGGAUGUGAACAAUGUUAAAGUUGUCUAUGGACCUGCUGCUCGACUGAGACCCACUGACGUUCCAGAGAAAUACUAUUCAUUUAAUUAUGAAGGCCUCGUGAAAAAUCUUUCUUGCCGGGAGCCAAACCAGCACUUUAGGCCGUACCUGAAACACUUCUUACCCAAGCGCUUGCACUUCGCUAAAAGUGACAGGAUCGAGCCCCUGACGUUCUAUUUGGACCCUCAGUGGCAACUUGCGUUGAAUCCGUCCGAAAGGAAAUACUGUGGAAGUGGAUUUCAUGGCUCUGACAAUCUGUUUUCAAAUAUGCAAGCUCUCUUUGUUGGCUACGGACCUGCAUUCAAACACGGCGCUGAAGUUGACUCCUUCGAAAAUAUUGAAGUCUAUAACUUAAUGUGUGAUUUGUUGGGUUUGAUCCCAGCUCCUAAUAAUGGAAGUCAUGGCAGUCUUAAUCACCUUCUAAAGAAACCCAUUUACACCCCAAGUCUUCCCAAAGAAGAGAGCUUCCUGGAUUUGUGUCCAAUCAAAUCACCAUCCAAUAACCUCGGCUGCAUGUGUAACUCCUGGAUUGCGUCAGUGGUGGACUUUGAGAAACACUUUAACCUGACCCUGGAAAAUGCAGAGGCUAUUGACCUUAAUAAUGUACCAUAUGGAAGGCCCCAGCUUCUGCAGAAGAAACACAGUGUCUGUCUUCUUUACCAGCAACACUUUAUGAGUGGAUACAGCCAGGACCUCCUCAUGCCACUCUGGACAUCUUAUACCUUCCUCAGUAAUGACUCUCUCUCGACAGAUGACUUUUUCAACUGCUUAUACCAGGACCUUCGGAUUCCUUUUAGUCCCAUCCAUAAAUGUUCCUUUUAUAAAAACAAUUCCAAGCUAAGUUAUGGGUUCCUCACUCCACCAAGACUAAAUAGAAUUUCAAAUCAAAUAUAUUCUGAAGCAUUGCUUACUUCUAAUAUAGUGCCAAUGUAUCAGAGUUUUCAAGUCAUAUGGCGGUACCUCCAUGACACCCUGCUGCAAAGAUAUUCCAAAGAAAGGAACGGCGUCAAUGUCGUCAGCGGUCCUGUGUUUGACUUCGAUUAUGAUGGUCUCUAUGAUUCCUUGGAGACCCUGAAGCAAAACAGCAAAGUCAUCCGCAGUCAAGAAAUCCUGAUUCCAACUCACUUCUUCAUUGUGCUCACCUGUUGCAAACAGUCCUCUGAGAUUCCCUUAGAGUGCACAAACUUAGAUUCUUCAGCCUUCAUUCUGCCUCACCGGCCUGAUCACCUCGAGAGCUGUCCACAUGGGAAGCAGGAUUCUUCAUGGAUUGAGGAGUUGCUGGCAUUGCACAGAGCACGUGUCAGGGAUGUCGAACUCAUCACUGGACUCAGCUUCUACCACGAAAGACCAGAGUCAGUUUCAGACCUACUGAGGUUGAAAACACAUCUGCCAAUCCUUAGCCAAGAAGACUGAUUUUUUUUAAUUAAAAAAAAAAAUGCACCAUACAUCUUUUUUGAGAGAAUCUUACGUUUUAUACAGUCCUCUACACUUUUACAUUGUUUGGAAACUGUCACGUGGAGUUAAAACUGGGAAUCCUUUGUGAUGCCUACUCUGGGCCCAUGGUGUGACACUCAGCACAUCAGCAGGGUGUUCCUGUCCUGUCUCGUGCAGAUUUCCUGUGUGAGGAUUAAAUGCUUUAUUAACACACUGGGAGUAAAGACACUUCACACCUGGAAGUGCUCUUGGGACUCUCUUAAAGGAGAAGGGGCAGUGAGCAUGGUCUGGGGACCUGAUGUUGGAAUCUUAUUAUUUGCAAUAAAACUAAGUAAAGGGUAGUCCAUGCCACAUUAAAAAAUAGAAAGUGGUUCUGAAUUCAUUUUAACUUGGAGUUUCAGUUUUAACGAAACUUUUUUGAGGCCCCAUUUCUGUCUUUUCUGUCUCCUCUGCCAAAAGACAAAGCAUUAGUCUCCUGCUUUUAAAACAAAUAGUGAUGGGAUCUCUUCAGAUUUAGUGACUUUGACAAAUUGGACUUGGAUGGAAAAUUUGUGAGUUGAAUCUGUCUAGCUAUUAAAAGAAAUUGGACUCUACGUUUGCACACGCACAAAGAUAAUCCCUAUCAUCUUCACUAGAAAUAAACAAAUACUGAAAACAGCCCCGAAAGUGAUUUUCUUGGGCCAUUUAAAAGCGGGCUUUAUUUGGGUGAAACUUUAGAGGACUCACUGGCACUUGCAAAGUGAGAUUUUUCCCUGAGAAGAAUGUUUUCCUCCGCACAAGGGGCCCCACCAGCGAGAGAAGGGCUUUGCCUGCUUAGCUCUUCGGUUUGAAGUUGUGCUGCGGCUCUGAAGAGACUGCAUCACCCAUCACUUAGCAUCUUCACUGUGGACAUGGCAAUAAGUAACACCAUGAAGAUGAUUUCUCCUCGGCAUUGAUGGUGCCCUUGUUCCAACCUGUGAACUUUCAAAGGCUACGUUAAAUUGUCGGUUUCCUGGGUCCAUUUUUGGUAUAAUAUUAGUCUGCCAAGGAUUUUUAUACAUCCUUCUUAGGAUAAUCAUUCUUUGUAUCAUCCACAAAGACGUUUCAAAAAUAAAACUUGUAAC